AUGCUGGCGGGCUGGCGUCGAUUACGCGGAUGCGCUACCGGUGGUCCAUUCCCUAUUGCGCCAGUGCCAGCAGCUCCCGAAGGUGGAGAGUCAGGUGGGGGCGAAAUUGGACGCACCUAUGACGCACUUUAGAA